AUGGUAGAAGCAAAUUCUGCUCAAUCUUCAAUAUAUAACCCUCCAAAGCAGGUCAUGCAUAAUCCACCUGUUAAAUCAAAGUUAUCUUUGGCUUUAGAAAAUGAGUCAAAGGUCAAGAGACAACUCCAGGAUCAAAUUUCAAUCUCAAAAAAUAAUCAAGAUAGCAUAGAUGAUGAAGAUGAAGACUAUUCCUCCUGUGAUGAAAAAAAUGAAGAAUCUUUAAAAGACUAUAAACCAGGUGGUUACCACCCUGCAUUCAAAGGAGAAUCUUACAAAGAUAACAGAUAUAACCUGGUAAGAAAAUUAGGCUGGGGCCAUUUUUCAACCGUUUGGUUAGCAAAAGAUAAUUUGAAAAACAUCCAUGUCGCAAUGAAAAUUGUUAGAAGUGAUAAAGUUUACACUGAAGCUGCAAAGGAUGAAAUUAAACUGUUAAGAUCAGUGACAAAUUCUUCUGGUAGCAACAACACCUCUUCUUCCUCUUCCCCAACUAGAGGACCAACAUUAUCUUUAAGUCCAGGUUCAAAUUAUAUUCUAACUCUAUUGGAUGAUUUCGUCCAUAAGGGUCAAAAUGGUAACCAUAUAGUAAUGGUUUUCGAAGUAUUAGGUGAAAACUUAUUGGCGUUGAUUAAAAAAUACGAGCACAGAGGUAUACCUCUCAUUUAUGUAAAACAGAUUGCAAAGCAAUUACUACUAGGUUUAGAUUAUAUGCAUAGAAAGUGUGGGAUCAUCCAUACAGAUAUAAAACCAGAAAAUGUGUUAAUGCAGAUUGGUGACGUCGAAAUGAUUGUGGAAAUGGUAGAAUUGUUGGAUAAACAAAAGAAAGAUUUUAAAAAAUUACAAAGAAUUAAUUCAGGUUCUUUAAAUCAGCCAAUACCUUCGAAACCAGUGUCAACCAGUAGCAGCGAAUUUUUAAAUAGAUCAAACUCAUCACUCCAUCGUGUUCCAAGCAGAAGACCAAGAAGACAUACUGUAAUAACUAAUUCCCAACCUUUACCUUCUCCUUUAUCUUCCGUAAAUUUCUUUGAAAUGAAGAAUCAAUUAUUAGGUACCACCGGUACCGCAAAUUCAAUAAAUUCAAAUGGCGGUGGAAACAGUUUUACAUCUUCUUAUUUGGCUUCAAAAAGUUUUAGUAGAAAUUUGGAAAAUAUUGAAGAUAAUGAGCUAGCGAAAUCUUUAUCAUCUUUUGAAAUUUCAAAUAAUCCAAUUGCUCAGGAUCCUCCAAAUUAUGACAACAUCGAUAACGAUAAUUCAAUGAUGAGUAGCCAAUCUGAUCUAGAAGAUUCUACACAUUUAGAAGAUAGUAGAAUUCAAAUCAAAAUUGCUGAUUUAGGUAAUGCUUGCUGGUACGAUGAACAUUACACCAAUUCCAUUCAAACAAGAGAAUACAGAUCCCCAGAGGUUAUAUUGGGAUCUUCUUGGGGUUGCUCAGCGGAUAUUUGGUCAGCUGCAUGCUUAAUUUUUGAGCUAGUAACAGGAGACUUUUUAUUUGAACCUAGUGAAGGUAAUACAUAUGCUAAAGAUGACGAUCAUAUUGCUCAAAUGAUAGAAUUGCUAGGUGAAUUCCCUUCAUAUUUACUUAACAAUUCAAGAUAUGCUUCUAAAUUUUUCAAUGCAAAAGGCCAACUAAGAAACAUAUCAAAAUUGAAAUUUUGGCCAUUAAAAGAUGUUUUUGUUGAGAAGUAUAAGUUACCAAAAGACGAAGCAAAAGAUUUAGCAGACUUUUUAUUACCAAUGCUAACUAUUGAUCCAAGAAAAAGAGCUGACGCAGGAGGUUUAGUAAAUCAUCCUUGGUUGAAUGAAUCUUUAGGCAUGGAGAACAUUGUAGUUAGUGAUAGAAAAUUAUACAACAGUGGUUUGGAUAUUCCUGGCUGGUCCCAAGAAGUUACUGGUCAUCCAAGACAUUAG